UUCUUGUCGGACUACUGUAUCUGCGACACGGCGUCAAACGCAGGCUGCCACAGUCGGACUGGACAUGUCUCCUUCACGGUCCAUAUUGUUGGUGGGAGAAGGGAACUUCUCAUAUUCUGCCUCCAUGAGCCGGUUAUACUCUGAAACGGAGACCAGCAUAACAGCCACUUGCCUGCAGCGUCAAGAGGAGGCACUGCGGCAUGAAGGUGCAGCCAGUAACAUCCAGAUCAUCCAGGACUCAGGGGGGACGGUGGUUUUCGGGCUGGACUGCAGGAAGCUCGGGGAGUGUGCCUCCCUCCAGGGCCGUGUGUUUGACCGUGUGGUGUUUAACUUCCCUCACUGCGGGAGAAAGAGUGGGGUUAAGAAGAACAGAGAACUUCUCAAGAACUUCUUCCUCAGUUGUGUUCAGGUGUUGGCUGAAGAUGGGGAGGUUCAUGUUUCCUUGUGCAAUGGACAGGGCGGGACACCAGCGGACAACCCGAAGCGAGAGUGGCACAACAGCUGGCAGGUGGCUGCCAUGGCAGCAGAGGCACAGCUUGUCCUUACUGACGUCCGUCCUUUUGAAAGAGAGAAAUACCAGAGCUACAAGUGCACUGGAUACAGGAGCCAGGAUAAGGGCUUUCAUGUGGAGAAAGCAUUGCUCCAUGUGUUCACUCGCUGCCUCCCCUACACCUCUGCUCAGAUACUUCAAGUAGAGGAGGUGGUUGAAGGGGAGAAAGUCCAUUACAACAUACCAGCUGAGCUCAGUGAUUACAUAUUCAGGGGAUUUCUGUGCUCAGGUUCUGUCCACCCUGUCAGGCUAGUGCAAGACUUUCUUCUCGAAGGACUAGCGAAGAAGUGGUUGAUCUCCAUGACGACAGAGACGAUUCCCUUCCUCCUCACGGCCAAACAGCUGCAGGCGUGUUGCAGUGAUGUCGACAUCACGCACUGCUACUGGAUCCACCUGCUUCAGAAAAACCUCAACUGUGACGCCCAUACCUCUACAGACAAAGAAAAAGAUCAGUUAACGUUCUUGGACAGUCGGGGACGCACAGACGCACGAGACACUCUGCCGGCAGCAUGUGUAACCUCAGACAAAGCGGAGAGAGUUAGGAGCAAAGGAGCUGAGAGCUUAAGGUCUGCAUGUUCUCUUGAUGUUGAUCCUGAAUGGGAAAAUUGUCUUCAUGUGCUGCGUCCAUCACUGCUCCCUCAGAUGGAAGAGCUCGUAACUAAAACAGACGAGUUGAGUAACAACGCGGGGAGUCAUGGGGAGAAUGAGGGGAAUAAUAAAAGUGCUGAAGUGGACGGACAUAGGAAGAAGGGGCCCUGUGGGGGCUGUAAUGGUGUUACCAGCUUGUUAUUUGGCAUUAGUGGUGUGGUGUUCAGGAACCUGUCUAUCAACCUCUGGGCUCUGCCUGCCUAUCAUGAACUUCUCCUCAGAGGCGUUUUCCCUUCGGAAUGUGAGCCAAUCAGAUCGCUCGGACAAAGGCUGCAGACGCUGCUCGCUCCCUACGGGGUCUCCCUGGUCACAGAACAGGGAGGUCUGCGUCUGAUAGCACAGCCAAUGGGUUUGAUCGGUAGGGUGUCUGUAAGCAAUGAAAGCGACAACAUCAGCGACGUCAGCGUCACCGUGUCCCUAAAUUUGGACCUCCUGGCCGUGCUCCUGUUCUCGCUCCCCGACUGGCGGCUGCUUUGGUCACACGACCCACGCUUUUUAAAGCAGUUUGCACUCCGCCCGUCACCCGGGAAACCUUUCCACCCAUUCUCCCUGUUUCCCGAGCACAUCAGUUUUGACAUCAGCUUCUGGACAGGGCCGACAUGGGAGGAGAGGAAGUUCCACGCUGUGGUCCGCGAGGCCAGUCACGGGACCGUGGAGCAAGUUAAGCUCAUUGACAGGUUCUCACAUCCUGACCUGAGCCAGACCAGUUACUGCUACAGACUCACCUACCACUCACACACACAUGCUUUGUCACACACACAGGCCCUCCAGUUUCAUCAAAACCUAGAGUCCUUGCUUUCCUCUCGGUUGCAAGUGACCAUCAGGUAGCUACAUCUGAGUCUCUUGCAGGAACAGGGAUUUAACCUUUUAUUUUUGACAUUGAGAUUACAAAUAGGUUUGUAACUGCUAAGCAAAUUGUAAGAGUGUAAUAGGCAAAACUGUAGUAGAACAGUGUUUACAAAAGUUGAGGCAUUGCUUGCUGUAUGUAUUUAAAAUGUGAUUGGACUUCUGUGUACCUGUGUUUUAACUUCAUAUACAAUAAACUUAUUAUUGUUA